AAGAGAACUCGGCCUUCUGAAGUGGGCCUUCCUCGUUGACUUAUAAAUACUUAGAUGAUGCCAUCAGUCUAAACAAGAAGAUCAAAAUCUGCGAUUUUUUUUCACUGGAUCAGCUGUCGACCAGAUCUUUAAUUGAUGUGAUUUGGUUGUAAAGUGUACAGACAGGUCGGUGUGAGCGCACGACACUGCCCCAUCGUGGUCAACUGUCACGGGGACUGUUAUACUGUUCCAGUGUAAUAUCGAAAUGGCGUCAAGUUCGAAAGACGAGCCAACUGAAGUGGAAGAAAAACAAGAGAAAGACAAAGAUUGUCCAGAAGAAUCGGAGCAGGAAGUUCAAGAACGACGAGAAUGGCUGAUGGAUAUGAUGAAACUGUCUCUGGGAAUAGGUCCCACCCCAGAACAGGUGCUAGAAACCCUAGACAUGGAUGGUGUUGUCAACUACAUCAAAAGUGGAAAGUGUAAAAAGAUUAUCACUAUGGCUGGAGCUGGUAUUUCAACAUCUGCGGGUAUUCCAGACUUCCGAUCUCCAAAAACAGGUCUUUAUGACAACUUACAGAAGUACAACCUUCCUCAUCCGCAGGCUGUGUUUGACAUAGGGUAUUUUUGGAAAAAUCCAGAGCCAUUUUUCCUUCUUGCCAAAGAGCUGUGGCCAGGUGUGUUCAAGCCAACUCCUUGUCAUUACUUCAUUAAGUUGCUCGCUGACAAAGGCCUGUUACUACGUCAUUAUACCCAGAACAUCGACACCCUUGAAAGUCAAGCUGGGCUCCCGGCAGAGAAACUGGUCGAGGCUCAUGGAAGUUUCCGCACAGCUCACUGCCUUAUUUGUGAAAAAGAAUACAGUAAAGAUUUUAUAGAAGAAAAAGUAUUUGCUGGAGAAGUACCUAAGUGUACUGAACCAGAUUGUGAAGACAACAUUGUCAAACCUGAUAUUGUGUUCUUUGGAGAGCCCCUUCCUAAAAGAUUUGGAGAACUUAUACACACGGAUUUUAAGGAUUGUGACCUACUGCUAAUUAUGGGUACAUCUUUAGUGGUGCAUCCAUUUGCAGCCCUUCCUAACAGAACACAACAUAAUACUCCGAGGAUGUAUAUAAACUUAGAGAAGACUGGAGCAGGGCAAAGCAAUCCAAUCACCAUGCUGAUGUUUGGGGGAGGUUUCAAGUUUGAUGAUGAAGAUAACUAUAGAGAUGUGUUUUGGCAGGGAACUUGUGAUGAUGGUUGUCUUCUCAUGGCAGAGAAGCUUGGAUGGAAGGAAGAGCUACAACAGAUUGUGAAAACGGAACAUGCCAAAAUUGAUGAGAAUGCCAAAAUCCUGAAAGCAAAAUCUCAAAGUCUCAAGGAUGAAGGUGAAAAAAAGACCGAAAAAUUAGAGGGGAACACAUCGGAGCAUUCAGAAGCUGUUGAAACUAAGGAUUCUAAUCCAGAAACAACCUCAUCAAAAACAAUGAAUGUCACUGCCUCUGAAAAGAACAUUCCAAAGUCGUCAGUGAAAAAGAAAUCCUCACCUGUGACCGUCACUGGUAGGGCUUCCAAAUCUUCACACUCAAGCGGAAAUAAGGCAAAGAAAAGCUAAGGAGAUAUUUCAUGAUGAAAGGCGUCGCUGUGUAACUCAUUGCUUUCAUUACAAGCAUUAGCAAAAUAGUUCAAAAUAAUCAUGUUGGUUUUAAAGGAGCCGUGGUCAGUACAACAUCAAUUAUAUCAUAAAACAGAAAUAUCAACAAACAAAACAAACUGAGAAAGUACCCUUAGGUUACUUUUCAAACCUUCACAAUGAAGCCUGACUUGUUAGAGGUAUAACCGUACAAAAAGGAAGCAUUUAUUUAUCACAUCAUGGCAGGGGAGGUAAUUAGCUUGGCAUUGUUAAAAAUGGGUACUGCUGUAGUGGUACCCUAUUGUCUUACGAGAGAAUUUUAGGAUUACAGAUUUACAGGUAUGAUAUAUAGCUGGUUUAUUUAUAGCUUUUUAAGUGUCAAAUAUAUUUUAAGUUGUGAUAAACAGUUCCCAUGGUAUGUGUGAUAACCCCUGAUAAUAGGAUAUACGUUGUUUUUAUUUCUAACUUUAUUAGCUAAAUUUCUUUAUUGAUUCUAGCCUUUGUUUUCAUAAUAUCUAUAUAUAUCUGAAAGUGCAAUUUACUAGGUUCUUUAUUGAAGUAGGUCAGUGAAUGGGAGUAAAAAUGUUUGUAGUGUAUGGACGCAAGGACACUAAUAUUGACACUAUUGACCGGCUUGAAGUGUAUUGGAUGAGAGGACAGUAGUAGACUACUAAGUCUUACUAAGUGGUUUUUUAAUUUCAACAAAAACAUCUAUAACUACAUUAGUGAUAUAUACUAACAGGCCUUUUAGUUUUGUUUUACAGUGCUGUUACGUUAAUAUUGUUGAUAUAAAAUUAUUUAUUGUGGAAUGUAAGUAUGUCAUGUCAGGAUCAAAGUUCUGAUUUGAGGAGUUAAGAGGGAGUGACUAUCAAUAGGUGAUAUGUCUUAAUAACAUUAUGAUUUCAGCUCACUUGGUUCGAAGGGAAUCUAUCUUGUAUAAAUGUUAGAUCUCAGCCUCAUAGGGGCAAGAGGGGUGGAGCUCAAUAGGAGAAUUAGAGCAAAUUUUUAUUUUUAAAUCCUUCUUCAUUAGAAAAAGUUGGAUAUUGCCCCAUUUUGGUGCAUGACUGAAUGGAAAUCAUCUGUAUGAACAGUGGGUCUCGGAUCUGUGGGGGUGAGAUGGGCGGGGACCCAAUUGGGGAAAUAGAGAAAACUCUUUAAACUCCUUUUUCUUCUGUAGAAAUAUUAUGAUUCUAGCCUAAUUUGGUCUGGAGCAUACUUGGGUGAAGGGAAAUCAGUUUUGUGUAAAUGGUGGAUCUCGGCCCUCUGGGACAGGGCCAAAUAGUGAAAACAAAGGAAAUUACGUAACAUCCUUCUUUCGUGGGAAUGCCUCGAUUCUGUCCGAAUUUGGUUUGAAGCAUGCCAGAAGUAUUCAGUCACAAUGGCAGCAUGUUUUCAUUCUCUGUGUUGUUGAAAGGAACCUUAUUUUGUAUCCACCAGGAAUCUGACAACAGAGAUGAGUAGAAAUGUAAGUUCUUCAAAAUCCUUUUCCAUACAAGGAUAUCAUUCAUGAAUGGUGAAAGUGACUUCUGUUUACCACCAGACUGGGACCCAAUAGGGAAAUUAUUUCAUAAAUUGUCAUAUUUGAAAUUCUUUGUUAAGUAACUGAAAAGCUGAAAUAGGUGAGCAAUGCAGGCCCCUUGGACUUCUUGUUAUAUCUGUGGUUUGUUGUUAUGAUAACCAUGUCAUUUUGAUAUUUUCAAUAUUAAUUACUGCCAGGACAAAAAUCUGAUUUAAAAGUCAUUUAAAUUGUACCUUACUGAAACAUUUCAAUAUCUAAUAUGGUUUCUUGUAUUAUUCUUAAUCCAUUAUAAAGUAAUUGUCUGUCUCUGAAGGAGAGAAGAUAUAAUUUUGGAAUGUCUGGUUUUGAUUUGUAAAAAUUGUCAAGAGUAUAUUACACAUGUGUACUGGUUAUAUACUGUCACAAGGUUGGUUACUCAUGCUGUGUUUAUAUCUUACUCCGAUAUUGUUAUGAAUUUUGUUACAUAUAUUUAUAUGUACAUUGUAAUGUUCUAUCAUGAAGCUAUGGCUGUGAAUAUGCGUUCUAAUUUAUCAUGGGAUGUACUUCUGUUCUAUCAAAAUAAUAAUUUUACAUAAAAUAACAUCUGAAAUAA